AAGGAAGAAUUUCUACCAGCCCAGCGUGCUUGGAAUGGGUAGCUCUAAGACUUGGUCAGCAGAGGCCAGAUGGGCACUUGGCAGGGGCACCGGCCUGGGGUGAGGAUUUGGACAGUGCUCUUGCUCUGUGGCCUUUGAGACCCCAGGAGAGGAGUCUGGACCCUCUGUGGGGCUCCAGAUUUCCUGGGCUCUGAAAGCCAGAUGAGUCACUGAGAAUGCCCCAUAGGGUGAUGGGGGCCAGUCAGUAAUAAGCAGCCUUCCAAUUGUCUCAGUCCUUUAACAAAACUGGCCAGGAGCAAGGCCUGGCAUGUUCAGUCAUGUCGUCUGCAUUUGGUUGCCUGGCAGGAAGGGCAAAUGGAAAGAAACAGGCAUUUUUAGAGCAUCUGCCAAGUGCUGGGCUCCAUUCAGGAUGCUUUGAAACCAUGGCUCAUCCAUCUCUCCCACAGGACUGCAAGGGAGAGAGGGUAUCUUCCUUUUGCAUCUAAGACUGAGGCUCAGAGAGGCUAAGUAAUUUGCCUGAGGGCACACAGUAAAUUACAGGUCUGAGGUUCAAACCAAAUCUUCCUGAUUUCCAGUGACAGUGAAGGCCAGUGUUCAUUGAGCACCUACUGUGUGCGUAGGCAGUUACUAGUCCUUUGCGUGGAUUAAUUAAUUUGUUAUAUCUCCAUUUUACAGAGAAGGAACUGAGGCUGAGAAAGGUAGGGUAACUUGCCAAGGUCAGAGGCGGUGUUCAUAACUGACACUGCAGCUACUGUGCCUUCCCUUUGUGAUGGGCAGAGUCACACAGGGUAAGACUAGAAUGGGGUAGAUAUGAGCACAGGGAGGCAGACUUCAGCUCAAAAUCAAGAUCCCCUUUCAAGCAGAUGAGCUAGUUGGUGGAGAGAGAGGUGGAGGGGGGUGCAUUCAGAGGUGCCCCCAGGCUGGGGUUUGUAGAUGGACCAUUUCCUGCCCAAGAGUGGAGAUAAGGUGAGCUGUGCACCUCCAAGAUUUCCCCCAAGGCAUUUUCAGAGCAUUCUGAGCACCUGCUAGGGGUCAGACCCCUUUGCUGCUGGACACAGACCGCAGCUGAUCCCUUCUCUCUCUCAGUGGAGGAGUUGUUCAGGAACUGAGGACGCCAGGGAUCAGGUGUCAUGAGGCAGGCUGGGAAGGGGCCACAGUAUGGUGGGCAGGGGAAGUGGCCAUUAGGACAUGAGCCCCUGAACCAUGGAGGAGGCUGGCAGGGGGCAGUGAGAGGCUGGUGGAAGGCAUUCCCGGGGCUGAGGUAGGACCCUGGUCAGCGCAGGAUAGCUCAGGACCAUGGAGAGCUCCCCAGGAGCCUGCCGUCUCUGAUGACAGCGGUCAGGGUGUGUCUGAGGCUACUGCCAUCCUCGAGACUCCUGCCAGCCUGGCCAGGCCCACAGUCAUAGCCUGUGAUCUCCAGGGACCACCUGUCCUCUCUGGCCAAGAGCCCCACCCCUGGACUCCGCCUGUGCCCUGACCCUGAGAUCAUGGAUGGGUUGUGGGGUUUGGGCUCAUCUGCUUUCCUCCCUCACCCAAUCAGCCUUCUAAGCAGCGCCCAAAGGAAGACUGCACAAGCAGGAGAAGGAAGAAGUAGGAAGAGGGAGGGAAGGAGGGGCACCUUCCAGGGUGUGGUGACAGCCACAAGUCAGCACAAGAAGAGGAGGCCCAGGGUGGGCUGAUCCUGCCACCGUCCUGGGUCAGGUUCAGACAUAGCCUCCCCCAUCCCUGAUUAUCUGCUACCAGAAAGUACCAAGCCCAUCCCUCCCAAACUACACGUAGGAGACCCAGGUCCCUGGGAUGGUUACAAAUCAUGGAGUAUGUGUGAGGGGUUGGGGGAGGUUCCUAGAGGCCCUGAAAUUUCUCCCUCCUUUCUCUGGCACCCCCAGAAGCAGGGUGCCCUGCCCCAGCCCCUCCACCAUCAGGCUCAGGUUCUGCCUAGGCCUCACUUGCUGAGCCCCAGCUGCGCUCCUUGCUCCUCUGAGACAGGACAGCACCCACCAAGGCCCUGGCUUUGCCAGGAGCUCACCUCCAAGCCUUUACUCCUGUCACACCCCGACCCGAAGGUUCUCUGCCAGGCUGGGAUCUAGCAAUAAGAGUAAGAAGAGUUAAAAUUUAUUUUGUAGUCACCUAUGCACCAGGCACUUUACAUGGAUUUUAUUAAACCCUCAUUUUAUAGAUGAAGAAAAGGAGGAAAGUUGUGAACUUGCCCGAGGUUACACAGGUAGGAGAUGGCAGAGCCAGGAUUUGCGGUCUCAUUCCAGAGUCUGUGUGCGCAGCAGUGAUGGUGAGCACACGGAGGAGGUCCACGGCAAAGCGGGGUGCUUUUGUGGAGCACCUGCUGCGUACAGCUCCCUGCAGCGGGGAGCUGGUAGUCCAGCUGGGAAGACAGUGGUCAGGGGACGUGAGCUCAGCAUGGCGAGUGUUGGGAACAGGGCAGAGCUACGGAUUGGUCUCUCUGAUUUGGUGUCUCAUUUGAAGCAGGCAGGACAGGAAUGAUUAUAUCCAUUUUAUAGACAGGGAAGUCGAAGCUCAGAGAGGCCAAGUAUCUUGAGGUCCAGGUUGACAGUGGGGAUAUAAACCCAGAGGCUGAUGGCAGGAAGGGUAUUGCAGAGCUCAGUACGGUUCUUCCAGGUCCUAAUCCAGGGCAGAAGCCUCUUGGUUUCAAGAGAGGCCAGCCCUGACACAAAGCAGGCACUGGAGAAAGAGUGAAUUUUACUGAAAUGAGUAAGGGCCUAAGUAUGGCCUCUGAGCUGCCCAAGGUCAUCCUCAGCAGCAGGAGGGACCUGGACAGGGAUUUUGUCCUCAGGGAGCUAGCUGCCUGCUUACGCCUUGUAGGGCAGUGGGCGAGCCCAUUAGAGACCCUAAGUCCUUCCUCAGCUAGACUUGCUUCUCCAGGCAGGUCCUGGCCACCACACUGGACCUGGGGUCCUGAGUUUGGGCCGGGGGUGGGGAGGCGGCUAGCUAAUACUUGCUAGCAAGCAGGAGUGGCGGGGGGAGAAUGGUGAGCUGGAGAGUGCCCCCCCCAAGCCAGGUCCUCCUCCCAGAGCCCACAGGGGAUGCCUGAUACAAAGCAUUGCUCACCCCACCUCCAUCCAUCCUGUGACGCUUCUAGACCAAGCAUACUAUGGAAAGGACAUGAGAUUUGGAUCCAGAGACCAAAGUCAACAGCCAGGCUCUGCCAUUAGCGGCGAGAUGACUGGCCACGCCCCUCACUCAGCCUCAGUGUUCCCAUCUGCUGGGAGGGUUGCCGCCUGAGGGUGAGAGUGAGGACCUGCAGACACCACCUGACUCCAAGCCCAGCUCCCUCGUUCACCAUUUCCGUGAAGGCUGCUGAGGGGUGUUUCCACCCCAGUCAGAGGCUUCUCCGUCCGUCCUGACUCCUUGUUCACACUUCACAUCCAGGUCUUCAGCAAAUCCAACAGAACCUGGUCACUUUCCGCAGCCCCCCACCCCACACCGUGGUUCACGCCUCCCCCGGCACGCCUAGACAGUGCUGGGGCCUCGAAGCGCUCCCUUUUCAGCCCUGCAGGCAACCGCGUACUCGCAACAGAGCAGCCCAAGUGAGUGUGUGCGGACCAAAGUCGGGUCAUGUUCCUCCGCUGCCCAGAAUCCUCCUGAAAGUCACAUUUCCUGCCAUGGCCCCAGCCUCUGCGUGAUCUGGGCCCACCCUGCCUGUCUUCCUCCUGCACUGGCUGUCCCUUCUGCCCAACCUUCCUCCCCUGCCUCUGGUCUUCCUCACGUCCCUGUCUUCUCAGGGAGGCCUGCGCUGAGCACCCUGUUUGCCACUGACACCCCAAUCUACCUCCUAGCCCUUCCCCAGCUCUUUUUCUAGAGCACGACUCUUUCUCAUGUGUGGUAUUUCUUGACUCCUUUAUUUCUAGUUGAUCGCAGGCUCUGGUCCUGCUCACCGCCGUGUAUGCUGCACGGAGGUGGGGGUCCUUGUCUGCCUUGUCUCCUGGGCUCCCCGGGCCUAGCACGGUGUCUGGCAUACAGCAGGCUCUUGAUAAGUAGUGCUGUGUGAGUGGAUGAUAAGGGUCAGCUGACACCCUCUGGGGGUAUUGUGUGGGUCAGGUGUGACGGUGGCUGUUCCAUACACUGGUUUGUCUACACUGGUCGCUGGUAGACUUUUUGUGGGUAUUGGGUUGAGUGUGGCAGAUGGAAGGGGCACAGGGCAGGUUUGUCACUGGACGGAAGCCCUCUGGGGACCCCACAGAGUCCGACCCUUACUACUUACGUGACACUGGGCAAGUUAUGUCACCUUUCUGGCCUCGGUGUCCCCAGCUGUGAGAUGGGGAGGACAGCGGUACCCGCUUCGUGUUGAGGAUUCAGUGAGGUCUAGUGUAGAAUGUGUUCGGGACAGUCAUUGGCUUGUAAGCAUCAGUGACUGUCAGCUUUGUUGUUACACCUGAUGGGUUCUCGAGGAAGCUUUACAAUGGAAGUAGAAAGUCUCCCAACUGGGCCUAAUUGGGCUCCAUGGAUUUAUUUAGCCAAAGCUGGGCCUCCUGGAGGGAUACAUCUCAGCUCUAAGCAGGGAGGGAGGAGCAGACACAGGAACAGAACUGUCCAGACGGCCUUUAAGAAAAAGGCUUGUCAUCUUUCUGAGUCUCCAUUUUCCCUAUCUGUAAAAUGGGUGGUUACGUAGCCUCCCGGGGUGGGGGGAUGGGAGUUGCAUGAGACCUCAGGAACCAGUGCCUCAUCUGUUCAGUUUCCUACUUAGAUGCUGCUCAGUCCAAAAAAAAAAAAAAAUGUAUUUCAAGCACUUACUGAAAUCUAUGAAGAUAAGGGAUCGGGCCCAGAGGAGUAAGAGUGAAGUUGAAAGUGAAGGUGUCCCAGAAAAUCUGGUCUGUGAGGCAGUGACGGGCUCCUGGCCCAUCACCAGGUGCUUUGGCGUCUUCUAAACAGCCCGAGCAAUGAGGGAGGCGCGCAUACUUCCGUGAUUCUCUGCAGCAAGCCAGGCUGGGGCCUUACCCAAAGCCCCAGUGAAAGGGAGAUUCCAGGCACGGAUGAAGAUGAGACGCUACAAGCUCUUUCUCAUGUUCUGUAUGGCAGGCCUGUGCCUCAUCUCCUUCCUGCACUUCUUUAAGACCCUGUCCUAUGUCACCUUCCCCCGAGAACUGGCCUCCCUCAGCCCGAACCUCGUGUCCAGCUUCUUCUGGAACAAUGCCCCCGUCACGCCCCAGGCCAGCCCGGAGCCGGGCAGCCCCGAUCUGCUGCGAACGCCACUCUACUCCCACUCGCCCCUGCUCCAGCCGCUGUCCCCAAGCAAGGCCAGCGAGGAGCUCCACCGUAUGGACUUCGUGCUGCCCGAGGACACCACCGAGUACUUCGUCCGCACCAAGGCGGGAGGCGUCUGCUUCAAACCAGGCACCAAGAUGCUGGAGAAGCCCUCCUCGGGGCGGCCCGAGGAGAAGGCGGAGGGGGCCGAUGGCUCCUCUGCCCGGGGCCCGGCCCGGCACCUGCUGAGCGCCCGUGAGCGCCCGGGGGCCCGCAGCCCGCGGCGCAAGUGGGUGGAGUGCGUGUGCCUCCCGGGCUGGCACGGGCCGAGCUGCGGCGUGCCCACCGUGGUGCAGUACUCCAACCUGCCCACCAAGGAGCGCCUGGUGCCCCGCGAGGUGCCGCGGCGGGUCAUCAACGCCAUCAACAUCAACCACGAGUUCGACCUGCUGGACGUGCGCUUCCACGAGCUGGGCGACGUGGUGGACGCCUUCGUGGUGUGCGAGUCCAACUUCACGGCCUACGGGGAGCCACGGCCGCUCAAGUUCCGCGAGAUGCUCACCAACGGCACGUUCGAGUACAUCCGGCACAAGGUGCUCUACGUCUUCCUGGACCACUUCCCGCUGGGCGGGCGGCAGGACGGCUGGAUCGCCGACGACUACCUGCGCACCUUCCUGACCCAGGACGGCGUGUCGCGCCUGCGCAACCUGCGGCCCGACGACGUCUUCAUCAUCGACGACGCCGACGAGAUCCCCGCGCGCGACGGCGUGCUCUUCCUCAAGCUGUACGACGGCUGGACCGAGCCGUUCGCCUUCCACAUGCGCAAGUCGCUGUACGGCUUCUUCUGGAAGCAGCCGGGCACCCUGGAGGUGGUGUCGGGCUGCACGGUGGACAUGCUGCAGACGGUGUACGGGCUGGACGGCAUCCGCCUGCGCCGCCGCCAGUACUACACCAUGCCCAACUUCCGGCAGUACGAGAACCGCACGGGCCACAUCCUGGUGCAGUGGUCACUCGGCAGCCCCCUGCACUUCGCCGGCUGGCACUGCUCCUGGUGCUUCACGCCCGAGGGCAUCUACUUCAAGCUCGUGUCGGCCCAGAACGGCGACUUCCCCCGCUGGGGUGACUACGAGGACAAGCGGGACCUCAAUUAUAUCCGGGGCCUGAUCCGCACCGGGGGCUGGUUCGACGGCACGCAGCAGGAGUACCCGCCGGCCGACCCCAGCGAGCACAUGUACGCCCCGAAGUACCUGCUCAGCAACUACGCCCAGUUCCGCUACCUGCUGGACAACCCCUACCAGGAGCCCAGGAGCACGGCGGAAGGUGGGCGGCGGCCCAGGGCUCCAGAGGGAAGGCCCCCCGCCAGGGGCAAAUCGGAUGUGGUUGAAGGCUAAGGCUGCGUGAUUUCAGAGGGCCAGGGGCAGGGUCGGGGCUGGCAGCUGCCCCUCCUGAUGUUUUUCUGCCUCCCUCUGCCGUAUGGCUGGUCCUUGAGAAGACCAGGAGUGCAUGGGUGAAGGAGUCUUCCCUACUCAGGCCUUCGUGAAUUGGGAUUGGGCCUGUGAGCUCACAAAACGCCCUUCCCCAUCAGGAGAGGGGAGUCCAGCCCUUCGCACUCCCAAGAGCCCUGUGACCGGGAGGUGCUGGUGGAGCGUGCAUGGUGGUUGCGCGGUAGUGAGGGAGGUUGGGCAGGGUGGGGAAGGGAACCUGUAGGAGCUCCCCAGGGCCAGCAGAUGGGAGCUGCAGCCCCUGCCAGGAAGAUACCUACCAUUUGGCCUCCUGGGGCUUUGGACCUGCAGUGGAGAAGUGGACGUGCCAGGAGGUCCUGGGGCUCUGUAAAUAGAUGCUUUUGGCUCCAGGAGGAAAAGGGGACACGAGGGCGGGAGGGGAAGAAAAACAGCAGCCGGCUGGGAAGAGCUGCAGUGUUCUCGGAAGAGCUGAGCCAGAAGGAGCCGAGAAAUCUGCCCCAUAGUCUGCCCCACCCCCUGCCCGGUGCUGGACAGCACCUGUGGGGUAGGCGGGGGUCUGCAGAAGUCCAAGGAGUCUUUCUUUUGGUUCCAAAUCUGGCCUUGACAUUCCUUCUUUCUUUUUAUGUUGCUGUCUUGUGGCAAGGUGAAGAGUCCAGUUCUCAGGGUGGGGAUGGCAGCCAGAGGCUGGACCAUCAGCUCAGUAGGUUGGGCCUGCGAGGGGGCACGGGGAAGGAGGUGGUUCCCCAUCACCCCUUUCCACUAAAACCCACAGCCCCGGCUCCCCACCAUCCCCUUACACCCCUCCUUGGGGCUGGCUAGAGUCAGGAAGCCCCACAGGGCUGCCCUGACUGGGCCCAGGAGGGACUUGAAGGCCAGCUGUAUGUCAUCUCAUUCCUCUUUGCCUCUUGAGGGCAGGGGAUGUAUUGGUUAGUUUCUAAGCUGCUCUAAUUAAGAGACCCCAGAAUACAGUAAUUUAGGCAAGACAAGCUUGUUUCUAGCUUAACUGUCUAGAGAGCGAUGGUCCACAUCCAGUAAGGCAGCUCUGCUUUCCUUCAUAUGCACCUUCCACUUCUGGAUAGAAUGGUUGCUUCAGUUCCCACCAUCACAUGUGUAUCCCAGCACAGGGGAAGCAGAGAACAGCAAGAGAAGCACAUGCCCUUUCCCGUAAAGGGCAUGAGCCAGAAAUGACUCGGUCACUUCUGAUCACAUCUCACUGGCCAGGUCUUAGUGACAUGGCCAUAAAUAGCUGCAAGGGAAGCUGGGAAAAGUAGUCUUCAGCCACAUGCCCAGCCUCAACUGAAGAAUUCUCUUAGUAAAGGAAGGAGGAGAGAAUGGAGACAGGAGACAAGGAGCGUCUCUGGCACAGAGGGGAUGGGGAGAGAGUGUAGGAAUGAC